UCCAUAUAAUGAGCACCAACACAAACUGCAAGCAUCAAGUACAAGCUGCCUAACAAUGUCUGGGUUGUCAGCAGAGGAGCUAAGAGUCCAGUAAGAACAGUGUGUAGUGUGUGUAACAAUGUCUGGGUUGUCAGCAGAGGAGCUAAGAGUCCAGUAAGAACAGUGUGUAGUGUGUGUAUACAAUGUCUGGGUUGUCAGCAGAGGAGCUAAGAGUCCAGUUGAUCUCAGAGGAGAAGUAUUUGGAGGGGAGGGUGUCGCAUGUAGAGAGGCGGUUCUCGUCCCUAGCCACUGAUCUGGGUGGUGUGAUGAGGAAGACAGCACGUCUAAGGGACAAGGGUGAUCUGGUGGUCAAGACACUACAAGACUUUGCUGGCAGUGAGAGUGGAGGUAUGAGGAAGAGCUUGGAGGGACUGGCAGAGUGUUGCUCUGCAAUGGAGGACUUCAACCAGCUCAAGAUUGACAAAAUGGAGUCAAAGGUUGUGAAGCCGUUGAUGGAGUAUGAAUCAAUCUGUAGGAAGGCUAAGGAAGAGCUCAGAUCCACACACAGUGUGGGAGAGAGGGAAGUCAACAAACAGAAGAAUCUGGACAAAGCCAGAAUAAGAGAUCCCUCCAACAGGCAAAAAAUAUCACAGUUUGAGUCAGAGGUUCAGAAACUCAAGAUUGAGAGGCUACGAAGUUCCAAAGCAGUCCAAGGUUACAUCGAGGCUUUUGAAAAGAAAAGAACACUAGACUUCAAGGCAGUGAUGACAGAGUAUAUUCAUGCAGAGAUGGCUCAUCAUGCCAAAGCUCUGGAGGUCUACACCCAAGCAUUCCAACAUGUACAGAACAUCAGUGUGGAGGAAGUGGUGGAUCUCUAUCACAAAGGCCUCAACCCUCGGAAGCAACAGAACCAAACCACCCGCAGUCGCUCAGCUAGUCCCGCCAUCGCCAUGGUGACAGAAGCUACUCAGCAAUAACAGUCUACUAUACAACUCUUUACCAAUUAUUGCUUAUUAUUAACAUUGAACACAUCGUUUUUUACCCCACAAAUCUUAUUGCAAUAGUUAAUACAUGCUUAGCCUCCUCCACAAGGCCUCAUCAGUGCGGCCUGGAAUCGAGGCUAAUACAUGUACACCCUAACCCUAACCCUAUAGUUGAUACACACUGUGUACUUACUGUACGUAUGAUGAACAAAUUGAAAUUCAAAAUAAACAUUUUCAUUUGUAUAA